AUCAUUAUCAUCCUCUCUCGAUCCCUCCCUCUCCUCCCUUAUAUAACCUGUUUCUCCCACUCAACUCUCUUCAUCCACAGCUUAAUCCCAAACUCCCCAACUCUCACAAAUUUUUUCCUAGUUUUAGCAAAGAGAAAAAAAGAGAAAUUAUGGCUAAGGAUGUUGAGAGUGCAGAGCAAGGAAGGGGGUUCUCAGCCAAGGACUACCAUGAUCCACCACCAGCACCAUUGAUUGAUGCUGAAGAGCUGACCAAAUGGUCGUUUUACAGGGCACUGAUUGCUGAGUUCAUUGCUACCCUUCUCUUUUUGUACGUCACAGUGUUGACUGUGAUUGGUUAUAGAGUCCAAACCGACCCUGAAAAGAACACUGUUGACCCUAACUGUGGUGGUGUUGGCAUUCUUGGUAUUGCUUGGGCCUUCGGUGGCAUGAUCUUUGUUCUUGUUUACUGCACAGCUGGUAUCUCUGGAGGACACAUCAACCCGGCUGUGACCUUCGGACUGUUCUUAGCACGCAAGGUGUCAUUCAUCCGAGCCAUCAUGUACAUGGUAGCUCAGUGCUUGGGUGGCAUCUGCGGCUGUGGGUUGGUCAAGGCUUUCCAGAAAACAUACUAUAACGAAUAUGGAGGUGGUGCCAACAUGCUCCAACAUGGCUACAACAAGGGCACUGGUUUGGGUGCUGAGAUCAUUGGUACCUUUGUUCUUGUCUACACUGUCUUCUCAGCCACUGAUCCCAAGAGGAAUGCAAGGGAUUCCCAUGUGCCUGUGUUGGCACCACUCCCCAUUGGAUUUGCUGUGUUCAUGGUUCACCUGGCCACAAUUCCAAUCACUGGCACUGGUAUCAACCCUGCUAGGAGUUUUGGAGCAGCUGUGAUUUACAACAAAGAUGAGGCCUGGGAUGACCAAUGGAUCUUCUGGGUUGGACCCUUCAUUGGAGCUUUCAUUGCUGCAUUCUACCACCAAUAUAUCCUAAGAGCAGCAGCCAUCAAGGCCCUUGGAUCUUUCAGGAGCAAUGCUUAAAUUCAGCUUUUGUUUCAUAGAUAAUUCAAGAAAAAUGGUCAUGAAUUAAGAUGGAGAUGUUUUCCAAAAGAAUAACAAAUGAAGAAUAGUCCCAGUCUGUCUGAAAGGGUUCCCUUUUGCAUUUUCUUUCUGUCUCUUACAUGGGGGAUUUGAAAGAAAAACCUUGAGAAGGAGCCAUUGAACUGUAAAUAAAAAUAUUAAUGACAAGAGUGUCCUUUCAGUCCAUGUUGUUUUUGCCUUGCUUUGAAUGUAUUUAAGUUGCAUUUAUCCUUAUCACCUUAUCAUCUCUUUUUUUUUUUUUUUUCAAUGUUGUGUAUGCAUAUUUCUUCUAGGAAAAGGUAUUGUCUUUCUUAUG